AUGGCGUCCGACCAGGAUGCUCGUCGAAAUUCCGAGGCUGGCGCUAUGCUGAUAGAUCCCCGUCGCAACUCGGACACCCCCUCAACAGCAGUCACAAUCAAUGUCUAUGACCUGUUACCGCCUGGGAAGCUCUCGACGGUAUUCUGGCACCUCGGAGUCGGCCUGUUACACACUGGGGUCGCGAUUGGUGAUCGCGAAUACGCUUUCGGUGGCCACGACAGACGAGGGGUCACCGGUGUCUACUACCUCAAACCAAAGCAAGAACCACCAGGCGCCACCUUUCGAACAAGCAUUGUCCACGGACACGUAUCGUACACCCCGGACCAAAUACACGAAAUUCUUGUCGAAGUUUCACAAGAGUUUCUUGGGACGUCUUACAAUGUUCUUACUCGAAACUGCAACCACUUCACAUCCUUCCUUUGCGAAAAGCUUACUGGAAAACCUGCGCCCAAAUGGAUCAACCGUGCUGCGAGUAUUGGUGUCGCCUUGCCUUGUGUCGUCCCACAGGCGUGGGUUCGCCCACCAGAGUGCGAGGAGGAAGAUCAAUUGAACCCAGAGGAUUUUGACGAUGAGAGCGAAUGGGAGCAUGAUAUGGAUGAUAGGUUCGGGCUGAGCGACAGCGAGGCAGAAGGCGACACAAAGAAUUCUCGCCCAAAGGCAUCGCAUGGACUCCCACCAACAAGCAGCAACGGCGAAACGGUAAUAACCAAGGAAACCGGGAGGAUAGAGGAUAUGAGAGCCGCAAUCCAGAGGGAUGAAAGUGGAAGGCUGCUGCCCAAGAGCGAACGAGCAAUACUUGAUCAGACGGUUGAUUAG